GAUCAAUAAGGUGGUGGAUCUCCUGCCUUAUCACCUUCCUGUCUGGGAGCACUGCUUUUAUUUAGUAAAAAUAUCCACCAAUGGGGUUUUAGAUUUGGACUUAAUGCUGCUUAAUUCAAAUGAGCAGGGAAAUUUGGAAAAUGCAACACAUCCCAAUCCUUAGUGUUUUUUUGAUCCUGGGAUAUUCUUUGGGGAUCAUGGGGCAAGCUGGUCUGCCGUGCUUGUUGGAGACAGAAGGUGACUUGUAUGUUUUAGGGAUGUUUGAAGUUUGCACAUAUGGAGGCAAUGACACAUUCAUGUAUACAGUGGUUACUGCACUUGAGGUUGCACUGAAAGACAUGGAAGUGGCUUAUUCUGGAUUUACAGUGGGAUACAAGCUCUUCACUUUCUGUGGAUCCUGCUUCUACGAAGAAUAUUGGUCUCUGUUUGAACUGCCUUUACUUCUUCACCUCACUCAAGACACGCUGGACUAUAUGCUAGACUUUGGAAAUCGAACUCUGAAGAUUGUGUACAAUCAAAAUGGAUUAGUCAUGUUUGAACCAAACAUAACCACUUUUGGACACACAGUGGAAUCAUUUUUUACUCAAGAAAAAUGGACCCUUGUGGGAAAUGCUUACGAAGCCUGUAACAACUACAUUGAGUUUGAAAAUCAAAACAGCUCGAACUUUUGCAGUGACUGGACAGUUGUGUUCAAUAAUUUUGCCAAGAAGAAAGAUGUUAUCAGGAAAAAAAUUUUGGAAGCUCCAGAUAAUGCCACUUUGUUUUUUGGUAAUUUAAAUGAUUUCAAGCAGCUUUUAACUGCCACAAAAAACAAAACAAAACCGUUUAUCUUCUGUUGCCUUGAAACACUUGAGGACUUGGCAUUGGACAGUCAAAUACUAAAUGGCACAAUUCUGCUCUACCAUGAGUUGCAGGACUCUUAUGGCUUUGAGGAGUAUUUUAAGGUAGUCAAAGUAAAUUUGACGCAAUCAAAUCAAACAUAUGAAAUCCAAGGAACUGCAGACAACUUGAAUGUCACUGUAAAAUGUCAGAACAAAACUUGGGAUUUCAGUAAUGAUACAUAUUACUUACAGACGAGUUUACUAAGACAGACGUACAGUCUCAUUCAAGUCCUUUAUAAAGCUGUCAACAGCACAUGUCUGGAAAACCUGUCCAGAUGCCAGAACUGGACCAACCCCUUACUCGCGUCAGAAAACAACACAACAUCACCUCUCCCAGAUUACAUUAUGAAUGCAAUUGAAAAUGAAUAUGUCUACACAGCAUACCUAACUGCAGCAACUACAAACCACAAAACUUUGACAUGCUACAACAUCUCUCUUUCCCAAAACCCAUCUUUGUGUUCUAAAUCCUGUAAAAUCAUGGAAAGAAUUGAAAUGAUCGGAGACUGCUGUAGCCAGUGUCAGAACUGCUCAGAAGGGACUUUUAGCAAUGGGACGGACUGCCUGCCUCUCACUAUCGCCCAUGAAGUUUUGAUCUACAUCCUUUCCCCGCUGGGCAUCCUCCUAUGUUUGGGGUCUCUGGCAGUUUUUUUGACGCAUAUCAAGACCCCCAUUGUGAAAACUUCUGGAGGGAACAUCUUCUAUUGCUACCUGGCAGGUCUCAUUAUUGCUUUCUCCAGUGCUUUCCUAUUUGCUGUGACCCCAACAAAAAACACAUGUCUGAUAGGCCUGCCUCUUUCAGCUAUGGGGUUCUCGGUCUGCCUCUCCAGUAUUCUUGCCAGGUCCUGCCGAAUUUUGAUCGCCUUUGCCAACACAGCAGCAAGGCCAAGCAAGCUUCAGCUUCACCUCUACAUUAUUAUCAUCACAGUGGGAACUCUGGGAGAGGUAGCCAUUUGUUUGGCAUGGAUGUUGAUUGAUCCUCUUCAUUCCACUUAUCUUCCAAAAGGACAAAGAAUUACUAAUGUGGCCUGUGACUGCAACAACAUUUAUUGGUAUCUAAUUUCUUUCGGCUACCUUGUUUUGCUAUGUUUGAUCUCAUGGGUUUUGGCGAUCAAGAGCAAUGCACUUCCUCCCACAUUUAGUGAGUCCCGAUCGAUUUCCUUCAGCAUGCUGAUCUUCCUUGCCAUCUGGGCCUGCACACUUCUUAUAAUUGUGAGUCAAAACAAAGACCUGCAGACAGUCAUACUUGGGGUGUCCAUCGUGUUAUCCUCUUGGGGUAUUCUUGGCUGCAUCACUCUGCCCAAGGUCUUUGUCAUCCUGUUCAGGCCAGAAAGAAACAGCCAGCAGUGGAUAAGACACGUCACUUAUGAAUACUGUCGCCAUGUCGCUUAUAAAGCUGAUAUGAAUUUGGAGACCGAACAUUCAUCUGUCAACACUUCAGCAGAUACCGUGAUGUCAGUCACAUCGUAACACAGCACCACUGUUUCUAAAAGGCAAAAACUUUAUAAAGUGAUCUAUAACCAUUUUCUGUACAGAAAUUAUUUUUUCUUUAAAAUUUUUAAGACUUUAUCAAGGUCCCGCAGACUUCUUUCAGAUCACCAAUGCAGCCUUUGCUGAGGAUGCCUGGUUGUGACUAACUAGUAUAGCAGAGAAGCAGAUGCACUUAAGCACACAAGAAUCAAAGGCUGCACCAAAAGCAUCACACAAAAAGUGACACUUCUUUUACAAGGGGUAUAAAAAUGUAAAGCAGUGGUAUGUAGUAUCUCCAUAGAAAAAAACUUUAUUAUUGCAUUUGAGUAUGUCUUGGGAAUAUUUCUGUUUUACUAGAGUGUAACAUUUUAUGGCUACUUUUCAUUUGCUACAUUUUCAAAUGCAAAUGGCUACUUUUACUCUGAUAUAUUUUAGUGGACACAUUAAUUACCAUGAUAUUAAACCAGAAAACAAAAUGGCUACUCAAAUAUGCACAAUGCUUUACUCAAUCAAUUACCUACAAUAUGGGCUUCCCCUGCUUUAGGUACACAAAAAAUCUUGGAUGAUUUUAAAUUGUGUGCCACUGGCGUUAACUCCUGAUCAUUUACUCUUUCAUUCCAAGUCCAUCUUACUGCAACCUGCAGAAGGGGGCGGGGUUGAAUGUUUUGGGAGGGGCUGGAUAUUGGAGAUGUGCAAUCCCAGUCUGAGUUAUUUCCACACUUCAUGCCACCAUUUUUAAACACACUCCUGCAAAUGGGAUUCUCAGGAUAUGGUGAAGUGUGCCUACGUGUUCACAUGCUGUGGUUUAGUCACCUGGUCACGUGUAAUGUUCAUGUCUUCUCACAUUAUCCUGGGAAUCACAGGUCCAAAACAGAUUGUGAGCCAGUUAGGAAAGACAAAGAAAAAUCAAAUGCAAAAUUAGAAAUGAUAAAGAUGAGGCGAAGAGCUAUAAAAAAAUUACCAGCCAAAGUACCCUACAUUGCUUGAGUAAAUUAGUAGAAUGGAUUACGCAAAAAUGUAUUUAUUUAUUUUUUUAAAGCUGACCCUGUUGUUAUUGCUUGCUGUUCCAACUGUCAUUCACAGCACCUCUCUAUCUGACACAAAUUUUUAAAAAGUCACUGCACACUGGACAGAUUCUGAAGGACUGGAAAAUGGCAAA